CCCUCGGCCGUUCUGCUUCCAGCGCCCUUAUUGCUGCCUGUCCGCCUGAGUCUCUCAUCACAGCCCGACUCCCAACUCGUUUCGUCCAUCUCCACCUUCUUCCUCACCACCGUCCUGCCCAUGAGGAAUUGAUCCGGGGGCGACUACGCAUCUUGCCAUUUGCAGACCCCGACUCAGUCCAGAGCCCGACUUGUUUGUGCACUUCCGGUCCAGUCACCCCAACAUGUCUUCUUCCACCCACACCCACCCCCGCCGCCGGCCUUUUAAGGCCACGAACCCCUCGACCCUCAACACCCACAGCAUGACCCUUCGCAAGAGUGGCACCUUCUCCUCACCCACCUCAGUCCAAUCCGAACUAUGCGGGCUUGAGAACCAUCCCUACAUGCCCAAGCGUUCCCCUACCAGCACCGAGAACCUCGAGGACCUGCUCCACAACGCUGCCGUCCGCCGUGUCACCAACCUGCUCGCAGACUUCGACAAGAAGCUGGCCGGACACCCAUCGGAUGCCAACAUCCUAAACGACCCAGAAGUCCUGCCCCUCCCGAGCUUCAUGCUCGACCACACCACCUUGGACGAAGACCCUAUGGACAUUGAGCCCAAGUCUUCCCCAGUCGAACGCAGCCCCCACCAGCACGCCUCCGACAGUGGACUGGGAUCCAGCAUUAGCGGUUCCAAAUACGGCGACGCUGCCACCACUCGUGAAUCGGUUUCGACUUCCAUCACCAGCACCCACUCUGCUGUGACCGGAUCCUUCACAGCCUUGGACUCACAGGAAGGGAAGCACACCCUCGGUGAGUAUGCAUGCAAGCAAAUCCACGACUCUAUAAUCAAGCCUAUCUUGGCCGAGAAGUCUCUGGAAGAUUUCCACCCUCUCAUUAAGGACGUUCCCCGACGCAUUGGGAACAAGGACAUCAACAACUUGCGUGAUCUCGAAAAGACUCUGAUCUUCUUGGCACCGGACUUUUCGACUACACCGACAAAGUACCUGGAGUUUUGCGAGCGAUCGAUCCAACUUUUACAUGCGACCGUCGACCAACUUUCGGAGCAAGACCAACGCCUACCUGCCGACCGCCCUUAUACUAACAGGUACUUCCUCGACCUCGUUGAACAGAUCAGACGAUACGCCGCAAUCAUGGCCGCCACCCGACAAAAGGAAGAGAACGGGGAAGACCUCGACGAGAUGGAUUACCACCCAGGAGAGAAGAUCACCCUUCGUGGUGGGCUAAGCCACAACGGCCGUCCUGUCGAACUCGUCCGUGAGAAAGAGGACGGCAAGGUCAUCCCACUCGUUGAGGGUAGCCCUUCGGACGAGGAGUACGCAACCUUUUCCUCCGCGAAGAGGGCCUUGUCAUUGUCCGAUGAUGAGGUUGACGACGACGGAGUGCGGCGAUCUAUGGCUCGACGACGCAAGUCUGAAAAGCCUGGGGACGUUAUGCACAUGUGCCGUGACUGCAAGAAAGACUUCAAGAGGCCGUGCGACCUCACCAAGCAUGAGAAGACCCAUUCGCGCCCCUGGAAGUGCACCGAGGAGAAGUGCAAGUAUUACGACCUUGGCUGGCCAACCGAGAAGGAGAGAGACCGCCACGUCAACGACAAGCACUCGGCCGCUCCACCACAGUACAAGUGCUUGUAUCCUCCAUGCACGUACGCCUCUAAGCGUGAAUCGAACUGCAAGCAGCACAUGGAGAAGGCCCACGGCUGGGAAUACGUACGCUCCAAGAGCAAUGGCCGCAAGAAGACCACCGGCGGAAGCGAACGUAGCCCACCAACCCCACUCACUCCAUUCAUGGGAACUCCCAUGUCUUCGCUUGCCACCCCCAUGACUCCAUUCCAACAGUCUCCCUUUGAGCCAAUGCAGAAUGACUUCGGUGGCUUCAAUAACUUUGGUUUCGGAACUCCUGCGUUGAGCCAUCACAGCUACCAGGAUGAAUACCGUCGAAACUCCACAACGACGGAUGGAUCCGCCAUGACCUACUCGUCUGGCCAGUCGCCCACCGAGCCAAAUGCGUUUGAUAAUGCUGUUACGCCUGAGGAGGCAACGAUUAACCACAACGACAUCUUUGGUACCGCCUUGAACGCCUUAAAUACCAACUUCAGCACCGGUUUCCAACAGCCAACGCCUGCAUUGAGCACUGGGUUCGAUGACUUCGAGUUCGCCCGUCCGUUCCCAGUCAACACCAACACUUCCGUGCCACACCUUUCUCCCAACGCCCAGGCAGACGUCACACUAUUCUCGCCUCACUUGAAUAACAUGCAAAUUGACGAGGGCUUCGAAGACGGACUCGGUGCCUUUGGCCGGCCCACUGGUGACUUUCCGCUCUUCGACGAUGCUCCCAACACGGCACCGACAACUGGUGAAUGGUUCCCAGACCUUAACCAGUUCGGUGGCCAAUUCGACACCACUUUCGAUGACAUAAUGGGCAACGCCUGGAACAACCACUAAACGUUUAUUCGCUUGAAACGUUGUGGCCAUUUACCGGCUUCUUUCAUCUUUGUUUUUCACGAUGAUGACGGCCAUUAUUCAUCAACCUUGUGUCAUUUUGCCCCCUCUCCUCCACCAGAUUACGUGCGUGUCGAGGUUGUCUUGCAUUUUAGCGUUUAGCGAACCCUUUUCUUAUGAUCGUCAUGACGAGGACAGUUGGAGGAACGGGAAGACGUCCACAAGACUGAAUCCGAAAACUCCGGUGCGCGA